AUGAACGGGACUUCAAUCGCUGACAAAACAUCACUCGAUGCAGCCGACUACGACCCCAUCGACCACCUGAACCACCUCUUCGCGCACCCCUCGACAGUCACCACCAUCGGCCGCGUCUCCGACACGCUGCAAGUCCACAAGAAUGAUCUCGCCGUCGAAAUCUCCGAGCUCGAGGUCGCCCAGGCCUACGGGCCCGACUCCAGCCUCGAGCGCAUGCAGUCCGCCCAGGCCGAGCUAGCCCAGCUCUUCCGCAAGAUCGAGACGGUGCGGUCGCGCGCCAUCCAGACCGAGCAGAACAUCACCUCCAUGACGGCCGACAUUAAGCGACUCGACGGCACGAAGCGGAACCUCACUCUGAGCAUGACGGCUCUGAAACGGCUUCAGAUGCUGACGACCGCAUACGAGCAACUCCGCGGCCUGGCCAAGACGAGACAAUACAGGGAAUGCGCGAGUCUCUUGCAGGCUGUGCUGCAGCUUAUGAAGCACUUCAACAGCUACAGGAGUAUCGAGCAGAUUGCUACCCUGAGCAGAGGCGUCUCGGAACUGCAGCGGGAGCUGCUGGAACAGGUCUGUGAGGACUUUGAGAUCGCAUUCGCCAAGGGGGAGGUCGCUCAGCGGAGGGGCACCCUGGUCGAGGCUUGCUUGGUGAUGGAUGCCUUGGGUGAUAUGGCGCGGUCGCGGUUGAUGAAUUGGUACGUCAACACGGAGCUGCGCGAGUACCGCCAAGUGUUCAGGGGCAACGACGAAGCCGGAAACCUCGACAACAUUGGUCGGCGAUAUGCGUGGUUCAAGCGCAUGCUGAAGACGCACGAAGAGGAGCACGCUGUGAUAUUCCCGCCCCACUGGCGCGCAAAUGAGAUGCUCGCCAUGGCCUUCUGCGACGGAACGAGAGACGACUUCAAGGGGAUCCUCGAGAGGAGCAUGCGGAAGACAGAUGGGCAGAAGAUUGACGUCAACCUGCUGCUCAGCUGCCUCCAAGAGACACUAGACUUUGAACAGGGAUUGGAGAAGCGCUUUGCUGGGGAUCCAAGAGCCAGUAUCGAUACGCUCAGCUCGGCUGAUGACAGGGCGUCGAACUUCCACGGCUCCAUCUCUGCUGCCUUCGAACCAUACUUGAGCUUGUGGGUUGAAUCUCAAGACAAGCAGCUUGCCGUCAUGAUACCCAAAUACCGCACUGUACCCCUUAUUCCCGAAGACGAAGAGUUCUCUCGGCAAGCUGUCAUGGCGUCUGCGAUUGAGCUCUUCCACUUCUACAGGCUAACCCUGUCGCAAUGCGCCAAACUAUCGACGAGCGAUAGAUUGCUUGACUUGGCCAAGACUCUGGCGAAAUACCUAGAUGAAUAUGCACAGCAAGUUCUUCUACACAUCUUGCAAAGGGCAGGUCCCCAGGGGCCACCAAUCCAAGACGUCAUUCUUGUUCUAAACACCGCCGACUUUUGGUCAACAAACACAACACAGUUGGAGGAGAGCAUCAAGAAGCGCAUCGACAACAACCUAGCCGACAAGGUCGACUUCUCGUCACAAGCUGACGCCUUCCUCGGCGUUGCCAGUGCUGCUGUCUUGACGCUUGUCCGUAACGUUGAGAUCGCGUGCGAGGGCGCCUGGCGGGAGAUGAGAAACACCAACUGGAGCACUAUGGAGAGUGUGGGCGAUCAAAGCUCAUAUGUUGGUGAGCUGCUGUCAUCAGUGAACGGAAAGACCGAGGAGAUCCUGGCCAUCGUGGAGAAGGGGCAGUACGCGAGAGCGUUCUGCGACAACCUGGUCGACCACCUCGUUACCGCCUACAUUAGUAACAUUGUCCAAUGCCGGCCUGUUUCCGAGGUUGGCGCUGAACAGAUGCUCCUUGACAAGUACGUUUUGACCAAAGCGUUCGAAAACCUCUUGUCGUUCCACAACAAGGACACCGGACCGCACACCGCGCCAGCAGGCUACGUCAAACGCGUCAACCAGACCAUGAACCGCAUCGAUCCACUCCUCAAGACCCUCCAGGUCCGCCCGUCGCCCCCAGAAGGUCUGGUGCAGGCCUACCUCAUCCAUAUCGGUGACCGCUCCGACACCAACUUCAAAAAGAUCCUCGAGCUCAAGGGCGUGCGCAAGGGAGACCAGGGCCACCUCGUCGAGCUCUUCGCUAUGCACCGCGAGGGCAACCUCAGCGACAAGCUCGUCGCGCAGAGCCCGCUGCUCACGCCGCUCAUGGCGACGACGGGGCUCGGCAGCUCGGGGCUGGGCGUCAUCGGCGGCGCCGGGGCGGGCGCGAGCGCGCUGGGGCUGACGAGCGCUGCGGGCAGCAGCGUCAUUCCCGGGCUGCAGACCAAGUUCGACGCGACGUCCCUUGGCGAGAAGCUGCUGAGCGCGACGAGGGACCUGGGGCAGGGCGCGGGCGGGCCUGCGACGAUGAAUGAGAACUUGAAGAACUUUGGCAAGUUCUUUAGGAGGGAUAUCGGCGGAUUCGGGGCAAGGUUUGGGAAGAGGGAUGGUAGUGCAGAUGAUGCGCAGCGGUGA